AUGACCUUGCCUGCCGGCGCCCGGCUUCUCGCGGUGCCGCGGGUUGGUGGGUUGAUGGUUGAUUGGGUGGGUGGAUCAGGGUUGACUCCCAGAAGACGGUGCAUCCUUCACCUCCUUCGGCGGAAUCAGGGGGGUCGGACCAACUUCUUCGGGGACGAAAACAACAAAACAACCUCAGCCGCCGGUCCGCCCGUCGAAAGUUCCGGUCCUUUCGCUCUCGACCAGGCGGGUGACGUGACGGUAGCUCGCCUCACGUGCCGACAAGACAUGGGCCAUGCGCUCGCUCUACGGACCUGGACGGCAGCACGCGCAAGCCGCAUGCCAGAGCGAGAUUCUGGAAGCGCGGCAGAAGCUGCCACGGUCGGCCACCCCUGCGGCGUGGAAGCUGACGGGCGGGCGGACGGUGUCGACGAGGUUGCCUCUACGGAGUGCCGACAUGAAGACAUUUCGGACGCAUUGCUGGAUGGGGAUGGAAGGAUGCAUUCCGCGCAACCCCAAAUCGGUCGGCUCAUCGACAGCAGCUUCGUGCGGGACGACGAUCCAAGUGCCGCGAUGGGGGCCUUUCCUGACAUUCGUUGGCCAACACCUGCUGGCGUACGUGCUUGGGCGACGACGGCUGCGAAUAAGUAUGGUGCCCCGCCCUCGCAAGAGAAUGGUGCAGCAUCGUCGAGUACGUACGGAUGUCGGCAUGCCCUCGCUGCCUCUCCGAAAGUCGACCCGUCGACGGCUGCGAAGGGUAUUCAGGCAGCCCUUGAACUCAGUACUGUGGAACUGUGCACUGUAGAUGUGUGA